AUUGCACUAUUUGAAAAUGGCCUCUGUAGGACGUUUUCAGGAUAAAGUUGUCAUAGUUACGGGUGGAUGCAACGGCAUGGGAAAAGGAAUUGUUAAGGUGUUUCGUGAAAAUGGCGGAAAGGUUGUUAUCUGGGAUAUUGAUGACGAGACCGGGAAAUCAAUGACCAGCGAUGUACAGUUCUUCAUCCACUGUGACAUGACGAAAGAAAAAGACAUUAAGAGUGCGGUCGAGCAAACAGUGACAAAGUAUGGCAGUGUCCACUGCCUCGUUAACAACGCUGGAUGGCACCCACCUAACCACACCAUAGACGAGUAUUCAGCUGAUGAAAUGCGCAAGCUCAUGGACCUUAACUUUGUCGCAUAUUUUCUAGCUGCAAAGUACACACUUCCUUUUCUACGGAAGACAAAAGGGACCAUCGUCAACAUUGCCAGCACAGCUGGCACGUAUGGUGCACGCCUUGCAACAGCCUAUUGUGCUUCAAAGGCGGCUAUAUCUGGAUUUACUCGUGCACUGGCUCUGGACGAGGCGUUGAACGGGGUGAGGGUGAACGCGUGA